AUGGAUACUGAAAAACCAAAUAAUAAAAAAACCACCAAGCCGGUACCGAGGGUGAACAACCCAAGUGCCAGGCUAAACCACCAAUCGGCUGACCCCAGGGUGAACAACCCAAGGGUGAAACCGGCAAAUACACCAUUGGCUGCUGCUCAGGCAAACAACCCGACCGCAGCGCCAUCCACGACUCUGGCGACACCUCUGGUGUCUAACCAGAAUACGGAGCCAGUGUCGACCAUCGACCUCUCCUCUUUGAGGGCAGCAAUGCCCGUACCUGCGGGACCCGGCCUGGAAGAAACCGGCUGGAGCCUGGUAAGGACAAAGAAGAGAGCGUCGAAAAAACCAAACCCGUCCAAGAAGACCCGUAACGCCAACAGGGCGAAAGCCCGAGUGGAAAGGCAAGCACGGUGUCUGACCUCGGGUGGAAGUAAGCGGCUUGAAGUCGCUGAAGGGCCCGAAGGGGCCCACGUUGCCCCCGCCAGUGACGUGCUGCCCCGAGGCGAAGACGAAAGUCAAGCCACGGGGAAGUGUACUCCUGUGGGGGCGCCACCUGCCAAGACGCCUGUAGCGGCCAAAGUACCCUCUAGGCAGGGUCAACCUGGACAGGGUAAACGGGCGAGACGAGCGACACGUGGAGGGAAACCUUCAAGUGAUACAAAGCCCGUCAAAAGAACUCGCCCGGACGAGUCUCGCACUCCCCAGGGCAGUGGCAAGCGAUUCAAACCGCUGCCAAAGACCGGCUCCACGAGCUACUCCGACGCACUAAAGGCGAAUGACCUUUGCGUCGCGGUCAUGCUGGAGCCUUACCACGACCUCACCAAGGCACAGGCAGAGGACAUCGAGGGCCAGCUGCAGGGCGUGCUAGAUGAGGAGAUCUUCUCGCCCGGCACGUCAAGCGCACCCGUCGCUGCGCCACAGUUUAGGGGCAAGGCCUUCUACAGUGAGGGCGCCCUUAAGAUGUGGUGCAACGACGAAUAUGCCCGACAGUGGCUUCGCCGAUCCCUGGUGAGGAUCCCAUCACCACGUGAAGGCACCAAACUGGUCGUCAGGAGGCAGUCUGAGAUCCCGAAAAGGAUCAAGGCUGGACUCCUGGUACCACAAAUCGGACCAGAUGAUACACUGGUUCGUAUUCAAACGAGGCUAAAGUACCAGAAUAGCCAGUACAAUGUGGCCAACUGGGCCCUCUACCAUGCCGAGGCGCAGGAGGAAAAGAAAUGUCUCUUCCUAGUGCUCGGCAUCCCAGAAGAGGACGUCGUGAAGCUCAAGGCUAGCGAGCGUAGAGUAUACUACAAACUGGGUAACCUCUACGUCCGCUUCCUUGAUGAACGUCCCGCCCCACCAACUAACCCAAACGAGGAGCCAUUCGAGGGAGGAGGAGAAUCGGCCCUACAACACCCUAAGGACGGCAAUGGAGGGGAUCCUCUGAGACCCGUUGAGGAGACAGCCUGCCGGGGUCCACCUCCUAAGGAGUUGGAGGACCUACCGGUGGGCGAGAGUGACCUCGACGACAUAGAGGAUAUGCUGAACAGCGAUGAUGGCGCUGUCUGCACCCCCCCAUAA